AUGUCAUCGCAACCCACACAACAACCACAACGCCAAUGGGGUGUCACUCCUCCUAUUUCACUCGCAAUGCCCACUGACAAAGAAAAGGAAUUGACCAGCGAUCUGUUACAAACGCUCCAUGACCACGACUUAUUUGAAAGUGAAGCAGAUGCCAAAAAACGUGUUUUGGUCCUAGGAAAACUCAACAAGAUGGUCAAGGAAUUCGUUUAUCGAGUUAGCAAGAUGAAAGGCUUCCCUGAUUCACUUGCAAGAGAAGCUGGCGGCAAGAUAUUUACUUUUGGCAGUUAUCGAUUAGGCGUUCAUGGUUCUGGUGCUGAUAUUGAUACACUGUGCGUUGUUCCCAAGCAUGUUGAACGAGAUCACUUUUUCACAGUCAUGUAUGAAAUGCUCAAGGAGCGUCAAGAAGUGACAGAAUUAACGGCCGUGCCAGAUGCGUAUGUGCCUGUCAUUGGUAUGCACUUUUCAGGCAUCCAGAUUGAUCUUUUGUGUGCUUCCUUGACAAUUGCACGUAUUCCUGAUGAUCUCGAAUUGGCCGACAACAAUCUUUUGAAAGGCUUGGAUGAAAAGUGUAUUCGAAGCUUGAACGGCUCUCGUGUCACGGAUGAGAUUUUACGACUUGUUCCCAAUAUCGACGCCUUUCGAAUUGCACUACGCACGAUCAAACUUUGGGCAAAACGGCGUGAGAUUUACUCCAAUGUCAUGGGUUUCCUUGGUGGUGUAGCAUGGGCCAUGUUGGUAGCACGGAUAUGUCAACUUUAUCCCAACGCAUGUGCAGCUGCUAUUGUCAACCGGUUCUUCCGAAUCAUGUAUCAAUGGAAAUGGCCACAGCCUGUAUUAUUGAAACCAAUCGAGGAUGGGCCUCUACAAGUGCGUGUUUGGAAUCCAAAGUUGUAUCCCGCAGAUAAGAGUCAUCGGAUGCCAAUUAUCACACCAGCUUAUCCAUCCAUGUGUGCAACUCACAACGUCACCGAUUCGACACGUACCAUCAUGAUCAAGGAAUUCAAACGAGCUGCAGACAAGGUGGAUGCUAUCAUGAUCGGAUCAGGAAAGUGGGUAGAGCUUUUCGAGAAUAGUAACUUCUUCCAGGCGUACAAGCAUUAUCUUCAAAUCGUGGCCAUGUCGCGUUCCGCCGAAGAUCAACUACAAUGGUCUGGUUUGGUGAAAUCAAAGCUACGUCAGCUCGUUCUCAAGCUUGAAUUGGUGGAGAUGCUUGUGCUCGCACAUCCAUAUACCAAAGGUAUCGACCGUGUUCACUAUUGUUUGAACGAACAGGAAAUACAGAAUGCUACGCGUGGUGUCUUUGUACCAGAACGGACGUUUACUUUGACCGAAGGCAACAUGGAUGCAAACCACAUGGAUGAAAUCAAGGAGAAGGUCUCGUUGACGGAGGAAGAAGAAAAGAGUAUACAAAAGGUGUACACGACGACAUUCUACAUUGGCCUCUAUGUUGAACCUAAAGCAGCGGGUUCUGCUGAGCCUCGGAAAUUGGACCUUGUUUGGCCUACACAAGAAUUCCUCAAGUUGGUCAAGAGUUGGGAUAAGCUUGUCGAGGAAUCCAUGAGCAUCACAGUGAAAAACGUUAAAGGGUGGGUAAAUGAUGAUUUUGGAUUUGGAUUUAGUGCUUUAUUGACUCAAUGUCAUGGAAAAUACAGCUCCAAUCUUCCUGCGGAUCUCGCCGGUGAUAGAAAAGACCUGAAGCGAUCACAGGGAAAGAGUGGACGUGAGCAAUCUCGAUCGCAGACACCACCAGCACGUGCACCCAAACGUAUAAGAACCGAGGACAGUGCCCCUUCAGCAGUGGCUCCUACUACAGCACCAUUGGCCGACGCAGUCAAGCAAUGA